UUUUUAUAUGAACAAAGUUACAAACCAUUCCUUUCUUUGCGCCCCUUAACCAGCUUAAAUUUAGCAAAAUGGUUGGAAAAUGCUCCGGUGUGCCAUGCAUACCAUAUAUAAUUUUGUAUAAAAUUAUGUAAGUUUUUAUAAAUUUAUUUAAAUAAUCUCACAAAAAUAGGUACGUUCAAUACAAAUUCGCGUAAGAUCAUAAAAAUUUAUGCAAUUAUGUAAAUUUGUAUUCAAUUUACGUAUUUUUUGUAAAAUUACUUGUGAAAAUUUGUGUAAAGUUGCAUUGCACACCGAAAUUUUUUCCGAAUUUUUGGCUUAAAGAAAAAGGUUGAAGUCAUGACCCACAAAAGAAAGAGGCCCAUUGCUUUGAACACCACCUGUUUGACAAAAAUGGCCAAAGAACUCUACCAACACCAACAUCUCCAACUGGGUCUUUGUCUCCCUGCUCACCUCCUUCAUUAACCUCACAGUCCUCUCUCUCUCUCUCUCUCUCUCUCUCUCUCUCUAAUAUUUCCACUUCCCUCUCUUGGUUUCUUCUCUGGCCAUGGACAAGCAGAACCAGCAGCAGUUGUCACUAGCCAAGUGUUCGCGGCAGCAAUACAAUGAAUGGAUAUUCAGGGAUGUUCCUAGUGAUAUUACAAUAGAAGUGAAUGGAGGAAGAUUUGCCUUACAUAAAUUCCCUCUAGUCUCAAGGAGUGGACAAAUCAGAAAGUUGGUGGCAGAACACAGAGAUUCCGAUAUUUCCAGGAUAGAGUUUCUCAGCCUACCUGGGGGUGCUGAAUCAUUUGAGCUGGCUGCCAAAUUCUGCUAUGGUUUCAACUUUGAGAUCACAUCUUCAAAUGUUGCUCAGCUAUGUUGUGUGUCUGAUUACCUCAAGAUGACAGAAGAGUUUUCAAAAAAUAAUCUCAGUUCCCGUGCUGAAGAAUAUCUUGGCAGUAUUGUCUGCAAAAGCCUUGAAAUGUGUGUUGAGGUGUUGCAACAAUGUGAAAAUCUACUCCCUCUUGCCGAUGAGCUAAAUAUAGUUAGCCGAUCCAUUGAUGCAAUAGCUUCCAAAGCUUGUGUAGAGCAAAUUGCUUCAAGCUUUUCGUGCCUAGAAUAUAGCAGCUCAGGAAGACUUCACUUGAAUCGCCAAGCCAAAUGUGAUGAUGGGGACUGGUGGAUAGAAGAUCUCUCUGUUCUGCGGGUUGACUUUUAUCAAAAAGUCAUAACCGCUAUGAAAUGCCGUGGGGUCCGACCUGAGAGUAUAGGGGCAUCACUCAUGAAUUAUGCUCAAAAAGAGUUGACUAAAAGACCUAGCUUGUGGAACCCAUCUGGCCAGCCAAAGGUUGAUGUGGUUGCUGUUUCAAAUGGGCAUGAAAGACUUGUGGUUGAGACAAUUGUUAGCCUUUUGCCUGUUGAGAAACUUGCCGUUCCCAUCAGCUUUCUGUUUGGGGUUCUACGAAGUGCUGUGAUGCUUGAUUGUACAGUUGCUUGUAGGCUUGAUCUUGAAAGGAGAAUUGGGUCCCAGUUGGAUACAGCUACUCUUGACGAUCUUUUGAUCCCCUCCUUCCGCCAUGCUGGCGAUACUUUAUUUGAUGUUGACAUGGUCCAUAGAAUCCUGAUUAAUUUCUCUCAGCAAGAUGAUAGCGAAGAUGAUAUGGAAGAUGGCUCAGUCUUUGAAUCUGAUAGUCCUUCCUCACCCUCUCAAUCUGCAUUGUUCAGAGUUUCAAAAUUAGUGGACAACUACCUCUCUGAAAUCGCACCUGAUGUAAACCUCAAGCUCAACAAGUUCAUAGCAAUUGCAGAUAUCUUGCCAGCACAUGCCCGUACAAUUCAUGAUGGGUUGUAUCGAGCAAUUGAUAUUUAUCUCAAAGCUCAUCAGGGUUUAUCAGAUCCAGACAUGAAGAAGCUCAGCAAACUGAUUGACUUGCAAAAGCUCUCUGAAGAAGCAGGCGCACAUGCUGCACAAAAUGAACGCCUUCCUCUCCAAUCAAUUGUUCAAGUGCUUUAUUUUGAGCAGUUAAGGCUCCGGAAUGCAAUGCACUGCUCUAACCCUGAUGAUGAUGACCACAAGCCAAUGCACCAGUCCUGGCGGGUCAGCAGUGGUGCACUUAGUGCUUCAAUGUCUCCCCGGGACAACUAUGCAUCACUGAGGAGAGAAAACCAAGAGCUAAAGCUUGAGCUUGCUCGGUUAAGGAUGAGACUAAAUGAUCUAGAGAAAGAACAUGUUUGUAUGAAGAGGGAUAUGGAAAAGUCUAGUUCUCACAAAUUCAUAAGUUCUUUUCCAAAAAAGAUUGGCAAGCUCAACUUUUUUGGUCAUAGUUCUUCAAGGGAAUCAAGUUCUCCUUCAAAGCAUACACAAACAGAUCCAAAGGUAAUUGAAAGCACAUGAACAAGAAUAUUAGGUAAUUCACGUCACUUGGAUUUUAUUUUUUUACUGCUUUUAUUGCAUAACUGGAAGUAAUGAUCUCAGUUGCCUUUCUUUGUUCAUUCUUUAUUUCCUUUCUUUCUUUAUCUUUUUGAUUCUCUUCCUCCCACCCAGUAAAUGAGUUGUGGUGCUUUGCAUUAUCAAUAGGAAGCGAUGGUUAUUAGUGAUAACAACUUUGGUGUAAUUGUUACAAGAUUUUAUAGCGUAAACAUGUGAGAUUCCCUCAUAUAUAGUGUAUUUUACUGAUGUCA